UAAGGCGAAAUUGACAGCGACAGCGUAUUGCGAAUCGUUUUCAGAAGUUAUUUCUGAGAUAUUUUUAACAAUAUUGCUGCGUAAAUUCUAUAAGACAUGCAGCAGCUCACGAUAUUCAUGGAUAUCGAAAGCUCUCGUUCGUAUAUCGAUGAGCUGUAUUCAUCAGAGGCUGAUAAAACGUUAGAAGCGUUAGUGACUUUAAAGAAUUCAGUUAUUGGAAGUAAUAGACAAAAAAGUUCUGUUAUACGACAAGGAAUUGUGCCGCGAUUGCUACAGCUGAUGUCUGAUGAAACACUCGAUGCUGAUGUUAGAUUGCAAGCUACUAUAACAAUAGGUUCACUGGCCAAAGGUACAACAGAAGAUGUCAGUACACUAGUGGAGCAAGGAGUUGUUACCUCAUUGGUGCAGUUGUUAAAAACAGUCCCUAUAGAUACAAAAUUAAUGGAGGCUGUGCUUAGUGCUUUGAAAAGUUUCUUCCUACAUUAUCCACCACCAGUUUCAGCGUUGCCUGCGGAUAUGAAAUUGUUAGCUAAAUUGACACAAAUAGCACGGGAAGGUUCUCUAAACUCCAGAGCUUCUAUAGUUCGGAUACUAUCAAUAUGGGUUGGAGGGCCAAUAGAGCAGGAAGCUCUCUGUUCCUCUGGUACCCUGGAGGCAGCAGCAGCAUUGCUAGCAUCACAGUCAUCACCACCGCCCACCCUCGCUUUACCAGCUCUUGAUCUGCUAGCAGCUGUAUGCUAUGAGAAUGCCAAUGUAUCACAGAUUGCAUUGAACACACGGCAUGGUGACAAAACGAUACCCGAACUUCUAACGUUUCUAGUGUCACGUGACAAGCCUCUGCCGGUCGCGCUCGGCGCCGCGCGCUGUCUCACCUUUUUGCACCGCGCGGGGGCUCUGCCGCCGGAUGAUAACAGAGUGGUUUUCGGUGCAUUGCCGUGUCUGGCGCGACUGUGUACCAAAGACAUACCGGAGGACAUAAGGGCAACGGCCGCUGAAACUUUGGCAUACUUAGCUGAGGUUGAUACGUCAUUACAAAGGUUAGCAGCGAUAUCGAACCAUUUGAUGUGUUCGCUCGCAGAUUUAGUGGAGUGUCCCUCAGGGGUCGCUAAGGAAGGCGCAUUUAAGUGUUUCGCGUCUCUGGGAGCUAAUGACGAAGAUAUCAGAAAGAGGAUAAUAGAAACACACGGUCUUAUGGUGCAUGUUGUAUACGGAAUGAAUAAUCAAGAUGCCACUGUAAGAUUAGCAGCUGUAAGAUGUUUGCACUCGCUGUCUAGAUCAGUUCAGCAGUUGAGGACAACAUUUCAGGACCAUGUGGUGUGGCGGCCUUUAAUGCAAUUAUUGAAGGACUCUCCGGACACAGAGUUGCUGACUGUAGGAACUUCAACACUCUGCAAUUUACUGCUAGAAUUCUCACCUGCGAAGGAACCUAUGUUAGACCAAGGUGCUGUAGAAAUGUUAUGUAAUUUGACGAAAAAACCCGAAGCUGCGCUAAGAUUGAAUGGAAUUUGGGCUUUAAUGAAUAUGGCGUUUCAGGCGGAGCAGAAAGUGAAACAACGUAUCCUAUGUUGUUUGGGAACGGAGCAAAUGUUUCGGUUACUAAGUGACAGAGAUACACGAGUUAUUAUGAAGACAUUGGGCCUUUUAAGAAAUUUAUUGUCAACGCGGCAGCAUAUAGACGCUAUUAUGAGCGAAUAUUCCUCACAAGUUAUGCCGGCAGUGAUCGUGGUGCUGGAGGGCUCGUACCCCACGGAGGUGAAGGAGCAGGCGCUCUGCAUCCUCGGCAACAUCGGCGACGGCGAGCGCUCGCGCGACCUCAUCAUGGACAACGAGGACCUGCUCCGGAAACUUGUGGACUACCUGGCUCACCCCGAGAGCAAGCUGCAGGGCGCGGCGCUGUUCGUGGUGACCAACCUGGUGUGGCGCGAGGAGGCGGGCGCGGAGGCGCGCCAGGCUCGCCUCGCCGAGCUGGGCGUGCUGCGCGCGCUCAAGCUGCUCUACGCGCGGCAGGACGCCGGCCCGCUGCACGACAAGUACGCACAAGUGACGGCGGUGCUGUCGCAGUUCAACGAGUUCACAUAACGCGGUGCAGGAACAGAUUGGUGCAGUGCUUGUGAUCUGACAGUGAGUUAUCGAGUCAUGACUGUUAUCUAGUUGAUAGUUGGUGAUCGCUAAGUGUAUUGUACAUAGCUAAGUUCGCUACUUAGUAUUGUUAUCACAGGAGGCGUGUAGGAGUAAAAUCAGUCGCGUUCAAUAUUUCAAACUCAAACAAGUUACAGAAACAUAUUUUAAUGGCCAUUAAAUUCAUUAGAAACACGUUUCUAAUGAAAUUAAUAUCCAUUAGAAACAUGUUACUAAUGAAAUUAAUAUCCAUUAGAAACAUGUUACUAAUGAAAUAAAUAUCUAUUAGAAACAUGUUUAUUGAUGUUUUUAAUAAUUGUUGGUUUGAAAUGAUUGAACGUUGCUACUUUUACUUCUACAUGUCACUCAUAUGUUAUCGAAAAAUUAUUUAUUUUAAUUUAUCAUGUUGACAUCUUGUGAAUCAUUUGUCGAUCAGUUAAUUUAUCAUAACCUAGUAUUGAUUUUUUUUUUCAUUUAUUCAUAGCGGUAUACAAAGACGUCUUCCGCUGUCCUAGUUAACCUGAAAAUAUGCAUUGUUACUAAUAAAUGAUGAUUUUUUCAACAAAUAAUCCUUUAUUACAUAUUACCAACCUUUGUGGUGCUAAUUGUAAAUUAGUUCCGUUUUUACAUUAAAACAACAAAUGUACAAUAAAUAAAAUGAAAUUUAAAAUGGCAUCUAAACGAUAUUCAUUUUUCAGUACACAAUAAUUAGUACAUAGACAUGAAAUUAUUUUUUUAAGAUUGUCAUAAAUUAUUACGUAACCUAACAUUAAUUUCUAUAUGGUCACAAUUUUCUGCUAUAAUUUGGCUUUCUGUUAUUAAAAAAAAAAACAAAAUAACCACUUUCUUAGUGGCAACAUUCUUUGUGACAGAAAUAAAUAAAAAUUUCGCGCGUUUUUUGCAAGAAUUAUAUUAUGUUAUCUAUGAUAUUAUUGCUACUAAAUAUUGUACUUAAAACGCAAUGGAUGAAUGUUUAAUUUGUAUAUACUUGAAUUACAUUUGCGAAAAUUGUUAAAAAAUCACGAUAUUAAAAUCAAUGUUUUAAAUUAUAUGCUAUAGAUAUUAUAACCUAUCGAUAACUGUCACAAGUGAGGGGAAGAAAGGCCUCUGAUGCUCAGUGUUGCCAUUUGAAAGAUAUGCGAAAGAUAUUAUAUAAAAUUGUUGUGUUAAGAAUACUCAUUGAAUUUAUAUAAAAAUUUAUAGCACAUUAGCAACAAUUAACAAUAAAAUACAUUGAUUGAAGUAUAAAAGAAAAUUUUAAAAUGCGUUUCAAAUAAUACAUAUAAAACCAGCGCCAUAUUGUGGCGUCGCUGUCAAAAUAAAAAAACCAUUUUAAAUACAUUUAUAUUAAAACUCAGAGUUAAAAUGUUUUGUUAAUAACUGGUUCAUUUUAGCAUCUUAUUUAUCCCAAAUAUAGAUUACAAGGUUUUUAUUUUUUUAUAAUGUACAUAUAUAAAUAUGAAGGAUUUGAAUACAUAAACUUGUCGCUAAGAUGUUUUUGAACUGUGAUUCAAAGGACUGAUGAUAGUUUAAAAAAACAAAUACAGGACAAUGUACACGUGGGAUAAUCAGCAACAAGAUAUUUAUCCGAUAUUUAUAUGUUUAAGUAUUUUCUCGAAUAUUAAAUAUUUAUUCAUUAUACAGAAGAACCUCGAUAACUCAAACCAAAAAAUAUGUUCCCUUCUUAACAGAGUCCAAAACCUAAACAUAGACCCUUGAUAACUUAAAACCUCUAUAACUUAAAAUAUUUUGUGUUUCCCUUGGACUUUAACUUAUCGAGA